GCUUCUCGUUUUAUUUUAGUUGGGUUUGAAUGAGUCUUAGUUUUCUGGUAGGUUGGACUAGCGAGGUCAUCGAUUUGGGUUGACUUUUUUUAUCACACGUUUCUACUUAUUUUUUAUAGAAAGUGUUGAAAGAAGCUGGCUGCGUUUGGUUUUAGUAGUUAGGCAAAUCCAUAACUUUGCAUUUCUUUCUUCAAUUCAUGCUAUCUGUGUUGAAUAAGUUGAAAAACUGUUGCUCUUGAGCCUUUUUAUUACCCACCAAUAAGAAAGGAUCAUAUUACAUUGAUCAAUUGAAGAAUCUGUGGUUGGUUGUGGCUACUAACUCAUAUUUUUGAGAGAAAACUGGAAUCAGAAGGGAAUCAAAAGAAUAGAAAGCUUUGGUGUUUGUACUAGAUGAAGGGAGCUCAGGCGUGGCGACUAGGCAGCAUGGGUGACAUGCAGAUCUUGCCUGGGUCUCGCCACCGCCCUCCUUUAAAGAGGCCGAUUUGGAUUAUUUUCUUGGUUUCAUUAGUUAGCAUUUUUCUCGUUUGUGCUUUUAUCUAUCCACAGCCUGGCAAUGGAGCCUGUUACAUAUUUUCUUCUAGAGGUUGCCAGGCCCUUACUAAUUGGUUACCUCCCGCUCCUCCAAGGGAAUUAACUGAUGAGGAGAUUGCAUCAAGGGUUGUGUCUAGAGAUAUUUUGAAUACUCCUCCUGUCCAAUCUAAAAGUUCUAAAAUUGCAUUUAUGUUCUUAACUCCAAGUUCACUGCCUUUUGAGAAGCUUUGGGAUAUGUUCUUCCGUGGGCAUGAGGGAAAAUUUUCUGUUUAUGUCCAUGCUUCAAAAGGAAAACCAGUGCAUGUGAGUCGUUACUUUCUUAAUCGGGAAAUUCGCAGUGAUGAGGUUGUAUGGGGAAAAAUUUCUAUGGUUGAUGCAGAGAGACGACUAUUGGCAUUUGCUCUAAAAGAUCCUGAUAACCAACAUUUUGUGUUGCUUUCUGAGAGUUGUGUUCCGUUGCAUAAUUUUGACUAUGUCUACAACUAUCUGAUGAAUGCUAAUAUGAGUUUUGUUGACUGCUUUGUGGAUCCUGGACCGCAUGGAAAUGGCAGGUAUUCAGAACACAUGUUACCUGAAGUAGAAAAGAAAGACUUCAGAAAGGGUGCGCAGUGGUUCUCAAUGAGGCGGCAGCAUGCUCUGAUAGUUAUGGCUGACAGUCUUUACUACUCAAGGUUCCAGGAUUACUGCAAGCCAGGUUUGGAUGGCAAAAAUUGCAUUGCUGAUGAACAUUACUUGCCGACCUUUUUCCAUAUGAUUGAUCCAGGUGGUAUUGCAAACUGGUCAGUAACUCAUGUUGACUGGUCUGAGAGAAAGUGGCACCCUAAAUCAUAUAAGGCUCAGGAUGUUACAGAUGAGCUUCUGAAGAAUAUUACGUCAAUUGACUUGACUGUCCAUGUAACAAGUGAUGAAAAGAGUGAAGAGCAGGUAGAACCUUGCCUAUGGAAUGGUGUUAGACGACCGUGUUACCUAUUUGCAAGGAAAUUCUAUCCAGAAACCCUAGAUAAAUUGAUGAUGCUCCUCAAUUUUUGACUGAGAAUUCUUUGGUUGGAUUGAUAGUAUUUUCUUGAUCCCUUCACCCCAUCUUGGUUUCACAUAUAGAUUAUACAUUUGUUACAUUUGUAAAUGGCCAUGUUUCCCAACCACAAUUCUUGAGUGCAAGGGCAACUGGAAGAGCAGUUAGGAUGACUUGAAUGAGGCUGAAGGCUAACGACUUGUUACUGUUGCGUCCUUCCAGAUGGGUAAUUUCUUGUCCAUUCCCUCCAUUUCUGCCAUUGAUACAUUAUCAUAUAUGUUAUAAGAAUAUUGAGGGAUUCAUUUUUUUUUUUUUUUAAAUCCGUGUAAGAUUACGCUGAGAGUCCGCUGUACAUUGUUAUUUUGCCCCAGGUGCUGAAGGCAUGCGCUUUCCCUAACCCCAAACAUGAAUUAUUAUUUAUUUAUUUAUUAAACAUUUGAUUUGGAAUGCACGCAAAUUGCUCAGCUUCACCAUCAUAUCCGCUAAUGGAUGCUGAAAAUUGAUAAAAAUAAUUUUCUUUGAUUCAUUAUAAAGAAUGUGUGCAUUUCUAGGUCAAGUUUUAGUUGAAUAUGGUAUGAUUUUUAAGUAAACACUACGAAAGCAAUGCUUGAUUUUAAAAUUGAAAAAGGAGAAAUAAAAAACGAGAAGCAAAAUUAUCGGUUCUUAUACUCAAAAGAAAGAUUUUCCUUAAUAAUGCUGUUCACAUGACAAGGUCUACAAAAUCAUUCAUUUAUACCCUGUAGGACGUUAAAAGAUGUAACCAAGAAGGUGCAUUUUCUUUGCUUACUACGACAAGUUCAAUGCCCACCUCCACAAGGAUUGCCUCCAUCAUGAAGCCUCGAUACUAAACUCAUUCACCAUAAUGUUUUCUCCAUUUUCUCUCUAAUACAUAGUAGCAUAUUAUGCGAAUUAUAGUGAAAAUUUGAUAUUCAGGCACAUCUCGACACCAAUAUUCGAUCGUUUCUCGUCAAAUUUUCAAUAGGCCAGCCACCACCUGGCAGCAACCUCAUAUGGGUUGAAUGCAAGCCUUGAACCACCAUAAAACAGCUGUUUC